CAGCAGCCAUUUGUCUGCUCACCAGGGCUUGGAACGAAUCACAGAAGGUGACAAUGUGACGCUGCUCCCUGACCCCUGGACACACGCAGGGCCACAGGCCUCAGCCUUGGAGCAUGGCAAGUCCCGAGCACCCUGGGAGUCCUGGCUGGACAGGGCACCCCGUAGCCCAGUGUGCAGCAAGGACCAAGCAGGAAGCAUCAGCCACUGGUCCAGACCUCCUAAACCCAGGACCUGCAGGACACUUAGAUACCACCAGCAGCCUGAGCCCCAACUCCAACAUGACCACGCGUGAGCUGCAGGAGUACUGGCGGAACGAGAAAUGCCACUGGAAACACGUCAAACUGCUCUUUGAGAUCGCAUCGGCCCGCAUUGAGGAGAGACAGGCCUCCAAGUUUGUGAUGUACCAAAUUGUUGUCAUCCAGACAGGGAGUUUUGACAGCAACAAAGCCAUCCUGGAACGGCGCUACUCAGACUUCGAGAGGCUCCAGAAAAACCUCCUCAAGAUUUUCAGGGAAGAGAUCGAAGACGUCACCUUCCCCAAGAAGCACCUGAUGGGGAACUUCACGGAGGAGAUGAUCUGUGAGCGCAAACUGGCCUUCAAGGAAUACCUGAGCCUGCUCUACGCCAUCCGCUGCGUGCGCCGCUCCCGCGAGUUCAUCGACUUCCUCACGCGGCCCGAGCUCAGGGAGGCCUUCGGCUGCUUGCGCGCCGGCCAGUACACCAACGCCUUGGACAUACUGGUGCGUGUGGUGCCCCUGCAGGAGAAGCUGACCAGCCACUGCCCGGUCAUGGUGGUCCCAGCUCUCUGCGCCAUGCUGGUGUGCCACCGUGACCUCGAGCGCCCCCUGGAGGCCUUCGCCGCGGGCGAGAGGGCCCUGCAGCGCCUGCAGGCCCGGGAGAGCCACCGGUACUACGCUCCUCUGCUGGACGCCAUGGCCCGCCUGGCCUACACACUGGGCAAGGACUUCGUGUCCCUGCAAGAGAAACUGGAGGAGCGCCAGCUCCUGAAGCCCACCACCCAGGGACUCACCCUGAAGGAACUCACGGUCCGGGAGUAUCUAUACUGAGCCAGCCUGCCCAGAAGAGCUGGAGACUUGGGGGUCACCACUGUUUGGUGGGCUAUUUGGGCUUCAUUUUUAGUGGGAAGAGCCAUUUUGGGUCCUAACUUACGGGGUGACUUUGGGCAAGCCCCUUCCCUUCUCUGGUCCUUUGUGUCCUCCUCUGUAUUGGCAAAGGUCUGACUGAACCUCCUUGGAAUUUUGUUUGCAUCCUGCAUCCCCUUGAGACCAGGCCCAUCACUUCAUCUCAAAACCACAAACCCGGCUCCCAAAACAUUGGAGAGUAAUAUUGAUCUUACCGAGGCUUUUGUGGAAAGCUAGGGGUCAGGUUUACAUUGCACAUCGUCAACAAACUUAAUCCAUUUCCUCUCAGACAGCUCUCCACAGCUGUCCUGAGUGUUUUCCAUUUACUCCUCCCUGUUCAACAUUGCUUACAAAUCUUCCCACCCAUUAGCCCAAGGAUUCUAGCUCUUCCCUCUUAGCGUGUACACCCAACUCGGUAAAACAAAAGCUCACCUAUUGGUCCCCAGAACAGCCUCCCCUGAGGUGGGGGUUGUAUUCCAUCCUUUGAAGAGUGGGAGGAUAUUUGGCUGGAAAGCAAUAAUGUCAUGAGAUUCUAUAAUACAAGGUUGUCAACAAGGAAAGUCGUCAACGAUUUCUCUAGCUAAGACAGAUUCACAUGCUGCCUAGUUGUGGAUUUUCAUUUAUAAUGGAAGGGUCUCUUAAAUAGAGUCACUGCGUGACGCAAAUGGUUAACAGGCUUGGCUGCUAACUGAAAGGUUAACAGUUCAAGUCAGAGACACCUCAGAAGAAAGGCCUGGCACUUUUCUUCUGAAAAAUUAGCCGUUGAAAACCCUAUGAAGCAUAGUUCUACUCUGACACGCAUGGGGUAGCCAUGAGGCAAAAUUGACUCAACAGCAACUGGUUUUUUAACCAGUCCCUUAGAUGGCCUCCCUAGAUUAUGCAGACAUAGCCCUGGAGGGAGGUGGGGCAGGAUAUGCAAAGGAGUCUCUGGAGAGAAAGGAAAUGGAAUCCUCAACACCUUCCCUUUUGAGGGGCAAUGUUCUUAGGAGCUCUCUGAUGGGUUAGGAUGCCCUUGACUGAGGUCUGCUGUCAGGAAAGGAUACCGAGGGCCCCAGUGUGAAGAGGAGUCUAGACCAAUGACCUCGAUUCAACACAGGGCCCGGAGCUGGUGGUGUAGGCUGGUUUGGGCCCAAUAUGUGUCUGAGGCUGGAAGCCCCCGCAGACUCAAACCAUCUGUCUGAGCUUAUCAGUGUGAAAUAACAGGUUGUAAAUUGAGAAGCUUAAUAUGGGGCACCAGUGUGACUGAGCAAGGAUCUGACCCAGCAAAGGGAUCACCACAGCAGUGAAUAAGCAUUCACUAAACUACACCAGAAUGUGUUCAACAGCGGCACCAUGUGGCAACAACUGUAGUGGCUCAGGCUCUGUCUUGGAAUUUAGAAGUAGGAUGGACACCUUUGGACAGAGAAAGCCCUGAAGUCUCUCAGUUUACUCAAGGAGAAGGAGACUUUGAGAGGGAGCCUAGGACUUUCAGAGCCCUACUGUAUGUCUGGGGCUUUACUCCUAUUACCGCCAGCCCAGCUCUGCUUGAGAGAUGCUACAGACAAGAACACAGAGACCCUGACAGUUUAAGUGACUUGCCCAACGUCACAGUUAACAAGUGGUAGAGCAGGAAAUUAAGCCCAGGCCUGUCUGACUCGAAACUUGUACAUUCUUCAUCAAGCCCCACAUUGGGGCGGGAGGAGAGGGGAAGGCAUAUGUCCCUGGGCCUCUCACCCACAGGGCCUUUAAAGGUCAUCUCACUCACCACUGCUUAUAGAUGGGGAAACCGAGGCUUGGGGAGGUGAUUCCCUCAAGGCCAUACAGUGAGACAGGGACAGUGCCAGGUCCACACCCAGAGUGUCCACAUCAAAGUGAUAUGCUCUG